AUGUUUGUUAGUUAUCGUGCGUCGCGAGUGAGGGAUCCUCCUUUAUUUAUUUGUGCUAUAACUCGACGAGCCGCCAGUUCCCGUCACCGCCAGCAGUGCCCGUCACCGCUGUCACCACCAGCCGUGCCCGUCACCGCUGUCACCACCAGCAGUGCCCGUCACCGCCGUCACCACCAGCAGUGCCCGUCACCGCCGUCACCACCAGCAGUGCCCGUCACCGCUGUCACCACCAGCAGUGCCCGUCACCGCCGUCACCACCAGCAGUGCCCGUCACCGCCGUCACCACCAGCAGUGCCCGUCACCGCUGUCACCACCAGCAGUGCCCGUCACCGCUGUCACCACCAGCCGUGCCCGUCACCGCUGUCACCACCAGCAGUGCCCGUCACCGCCGUCACCACCAGCAGUGCCCGUCACCGCUGUCACCACCAGCAGUGCCCGUCACCGCUGUCACCACCAGCAGUGCCCGUCACCGCCGUCACCAACUACCAUGAGAGCCUACGUGGAGAAUUAAUCAUCGAGCAGCCGGCAUCACCUCGUUCCUCUGUUUAA